UUCUGGCUUGUUGUGCUUGAUAUGACGAUCUCGUUAGACGUGGUUGAGCAGUGAAGAAAAAGCCGUUUGACCAUUCACAUUCGCGCUCUCCUACAUAAUUCAGGGACCCCCCUGUCUCUUCCCCCACAGACCAGGAUUCCGGGUGGCUACCCUCCGCCUUUUGCACGUACAGGGCGCACUACUGUAAUGCCCUGCUACUCGAUCCACACUAGCUAGGAGACUUACAAGCAAGCACAUGAUGCCGACGUACUUAUGCCACGGGUUUCGCUGGCAUCGCCCAAGCAUACGAUAUUUUGUCGUUAUCCAGAACGUUGAUGACGUCGCGUCGGAAUGGAUCAUAGCGCGGCAGAGUCCCGUCGCCCUCCUUAACCAAUUCUACGAGCUAUUCGACUUCCUACCUCCUUGUCCCCGUCUGGCACGAAAUCUGAGCCCCUCACCCCAUCAUCAUCACAUUCGCAAUGACUCCCCAGCCAUAAACGGGCAUGCUUAUUCACGCACGCGUUCAUACAGCGGUCAAGGGUACAAGGAGGAGAUUGUCCAAUUUGAAAAUAGCGAGAACAGAAAUGGCAGCCGACAGAGCAAACUGUCUAGUCGCAGCAAAGCCUCGGAGCAGCUACCGACGACCAAGCAACGCGACAAGUUAACUUUAUUCCCAGCGUCGGAACCACCAGAUCUUAACGACGACGACAUACCGUUCAAUGAUUGGUCUAUAGUGAAAUUUUUGGAAGAAUUUGAUCCGUCAGAUUUGACCACCGUAAGCGGACAAUGGGCAUAUGUGGCAGAUUAUGUGGUACGCAUAGACACUUCAAUUUCGGUUGCAGAAGAGAUAAGUCGAUAUGAGACGCGGAUGAAGACGGAACCUUACAAGCCCAUGAGCGGUAUGAGUGAGGAAAACUGCCAUAAGGUAAAUACGUACGGCAACAAGAAAGCAGGUUGGUUUGAGAAACUUCGCGAUCAACUACAAAGAAAAGAGAGUAUCCGGUGGUAUGUCGUGGUCUGUGGUGAUGAAGAGCGUAUCGGUAUCGGAUUCACUGAGAACCAAGAAGCGAAAGAUGAAAGGGUUAAAGCUAAUAGUAGCGAGAGCCAAUCAUCUCAAGGAUUUAUCGAGGAUGGAUUUGAAUUCCGUUUCCCGGAAUUGUUAGUAUCACGCCGGGUCACAGAACGGGGGCCGAGACGUCGAAGAGUUGAGAAAAGCGUGACCAAACAGAGUCAGACGCCUUUGCCGAACAAUGAGCAGCCAGCUACCUCCAUUCCUCCUACUUCUCUACAAGUAACUCGUAAAAUGUCGGUGGACCAUACUAUCAAGCACACGGGUUCCAGGUUCAGCAGCGGACUUAGAAGGCUAUUCCUAUGGCGGAAAGCUGAUAGUCUAACCUAAAAUAUGUGCUUGAGGGUGGCCUAACAAUUAGUCCUUUCAAUAUCCCAGGCCGCUUUCUCUCUCAUCGCAAUUAACUGUCUCGAUACUCAGGGAGACGCUACGAGAGAUCAGUAUGACUAUCCACCAUACAUCAGUAUUUCUCUACGAGACCGCGGUAUUCCAUAACGGCAUCAUUAUAUCGCUCUCCCUACCGCUUUGACCAGGUUUCCGCUUCGUCAACUGCAGUAUAGCGAAAUCAGCAUUGAGAUUAGCGAUAUUUAUUUUAAUAUGGGCUUUCCAUAUACAAGUUCGCAUUGUCAGUUCAUGCACCUAGUUAUGUCUUAUCCAUCUAGGUUCUUUACAUAGGUACCUAGGUUCUUUUGAAGGAACAGCUUAGUGCUUGCCAUCGUAAUAUCGACUAAUAGCCCCUUCUUACCGGAAAAAAUCGAGAGUAAAGUUAAGUAUUAGGAAAGAGCCCUAUGUGGCACCUCAAGAGCCGGUUUUAGACAGGAAGAUCCAGCAGCCUUUUUAUCUUCAUUCGCCAUCUUUUCCUAAUUUCUUUAACUAUGCCCUGAACCGGUCAAAGCAAGUCGCGAGACCAUCCAUCCUAUCUCUAUUCGCAGAGUCAGGUAUUAUUUAUUAUAUCAUACGCUCCAA